CAUUUAAUUUCAUUGCACCCUCUCAAUACUCUCUGCCAUUACUCUCCUCUCCCAAUUUUUCCUCUCUCUUCCUCCAAGAUUUACACCUAGCUUUCAAACUCUUCGACAAAAAACCGCUUGAUCAGUACAAAACCAUCUCUGGUUUUCCGACAAACAAAUCUCAGGCCACACAUGGUAUACUCCUCUCUCUUCCUUUAGGGUUUCGUCGCGUCUUCCUGGCAAUGUAUGUCUCGAAAACCUCAUCAUUUAUCAGUUAUUGAGAUGUAUUUCUGAAGACAACAGUAGAGGAAGAAGGUUAAAGGGUUUGGUUUCAAUUUCAAGUGUAAGAAAAAGAUGUUCGAGCCAAAUAUGUUUCUUGCAGCUAUGAACAACGAAGAUAGCAACAACCACAACUACAACCACGAAGACAACAAUAAUAUCAAUGAAAGAUUUCUUCGCGACGAGGAAUUCGACAGUGCGAAUACUAAAUCGGGAAGUGAGAAUCAAGAAGGAGGAUCGGGAAAUGAUCAAGAUAAUCAUCAUCCUAAUAAGAAGAAACGAUAUCAUAGACACACCCAACUUCAGAUCCAGGAGAUGGAAGCAUUCUUCAAAGAGUGUCCUCACCCGGAUGACAAGCAAAGGAAACAACUUAGCCGUGAACUGGGUUUGGAACCUCUUCAGGUCAAAUUCUGGUUCCAGAACAAACGCACCCAAAUGAAGAAUCAUCACGAGCGGCACGAGAACUCGCAUCUUCGGGCGGAAAACGAAAAGCUUAGAGGAGACAACAUUAGAUAUCGAGAGGCUCUUGCAAAUGCUUCAUGUCCUAACUGUGGUGGUCCAACGGUUAUUGGAGAAAUGUCCUUUGACGAACACCAACUCCGUCUCGAAAAUGCUCGUUUAAGAGAAGAGAUCGAUAGAAUAUCAGCCAUCGCAGCCAAAUACGUAGGCAAGCCAGUCUCAAGCUAUCCUCUUAUGUCUCCACCUCCACUUCCUCCACGUCCCUUAGAACUCGCCAUGGGAAACUUUGGAGGAGAUGUUUAUGGAAACAACCCAACCGAUCUCUUCAAGUCCAUCACCGCACCAACAGAAUCUGAUAAACCGUUGAUCAUCGACUUAGCCGUUUCUGCUAUGGAAGAGCUCAUGAGAAUGACUCAAGUGGAGGAGCCUUUGUGGAAAAGUUUGGUUUUAGACGAAGAAGAAUAUGCACGGACGUUUCCUAGAGGGAUUGGACCUAAACCGGCUGGUUUUAGAACCGAAGCCUCACGAGAAAGCGCGGUUGUGAUCAUGAAUCAUGUCAACAUUGUUGAGAUUCUCAUGGAUGUGAAUCAAUGGUCGGUUGUUUUUGCGGGGAUGGUGUCUAGAGCGGUGACAUUAGCGGUUUUAUCGACUGGGGUUUCAGGAAACUAUAAUGGAGCUCUGCAAGUGAUGAGUGCAGAGUUUCAAGUUCCAACACCGUUAGUCCCCACCCGGGAAACUUACUUCGCACGUUACUGUAAACAACAAGCAGAUGGUUCUUGGGCGGUUGUCGAUAUUUCAUUGGAUAGUCUCCAGCCUAAUCCACCAGUUAGAUGCAGGCGGCGAGCUUCUGGAUGUUUGAUUCAAGAAAUGCCAAAUGGAUACUCUAAGGUGACAUGGGUGGAACAUGUGGAAGUUGAUGACAGAGGAGUUCAUGACUUGUAUAAACACAUGGUUAGUACUGGUCAUGCCUUUGGUGCUAAGCGUUGGGUAGCUAUUCUCGACCGCCAAUGUGAGCGGUUAGCUAGCGUCAUGGCUACACACAUUUCCUCAGGAGAAGUUGGCGUGAUAACUAACCAAGAAGGGAGGAGGAGCAUGCUGAAAUUGGCGGAGCGAAUGGUUAUAAGCUUUUGUGCAGGAGUGAGUGCUUCAACUGCUCACACAUGGACUACAUUGUCUGGUACAGGAGCUGAAGAUGUUAGAGUGAUGACUAGGAAGAGUGUGGAUGAUCCAGGAAGGCCUCCGGGUAUUGUUCUUAGUGCAGCCACUUCCUUUUGGAUCCCUGUUCCUCCAAAGAGAGUCUUUGACUUCCUCAGAGAUGAGAAUUCAAGAAAUGAGUGGGAUAUACUGUCUAAUGGAGGCGUUGUUCAAGAAAUGGCACAUAUUGCUAAUGGGAGGGAUACAGGAAACUGUGUUUCUCUCCUCCGGGUGAAUGUGAGUAGAUUUGUUUGUUAUAAUUCAUAUGAUCAAGGCUUUCAUAUUUUUCAAUCUUUUUUUAUGUCACAGAGUGCAAACUCUAGCCAGAGCAACAUGCUGAUUCUACAAGAGAGUUGUACUGAUCCUACAGCUUCCUUUGUGAUCUAUGCUCCGGUUGAUAUUGUAGCCAUGAACAUUGUGCUAAACGGAGGCGAUCCGGACUAUGUGGCUCUGCUUCCAUCAGGUUUUGCUAUUCUUCCUGAUGGUAAUGCAACUGGUGGAGGAGAAGGAGGGUCGCUGCUGACCGUUUCUUUUCAGAUUCUGGUUGACUCGGUUCCCACGGCUAAGCUGUCUCUUGGAUCUGUUGCGACUGUUAACAAUUUGAUUGCUUGCACUGUUGAGAGGAUCAAAGCUGCUAUGUCUUGUGAGACUGCUUGAAUAAAAAAACACCCAUUAGGAAAUAAGAUAUCGGUUUGAAGAGAGCUUUUUUGGUGUUAAGCGGAGGAGUCAAGAGCGAACCUCACAAGAUAGACCAUUGAGUAAGGUUAUGUGUGUAGUGUUAAGUUUUUGCUCUGCUUAUUUGUUGAAACUAAGCAGUGGAAAAACUUUAUACUUACAAGUGAAAAUGCAAAUGGUUUUAAGAGGUUCGGGAAUUGACUUCCCCUGCAACAUACUGGAUUAGAAAAGUUAAAAGUUUAAAGGUCAGAGAUGCGCUCAUAAACUUGUUUUUGUGUCACAGUUGUGUUUCUUCUUUCUGUCUUGUAGUUAAGACUUUGAAGUUUGUAUUUGCUUUGUAAGCGUAUGGAAGUUGGUUUAUCAAAAAGCUCCCAUUUAGGUUA